AUGGGUUAUAAUUUUGGGUUAACAUAUUCAAGCCAUCCAGUAUUUGUUCUUGGUGUAUCUGGUGCAAAAAUAAGUUGCGUCGUACAGGGUCCCAAAUUAUCCCGUAAGAGAGUAGGUGGUUGUUCAACUAACAAAGUGGAUGUUAGGGAUUUGAGUGGCAUGAAUCUGCAAAUCAAUGACAUAGUGAUGGUGUUAAUGGAACUUUUAGACCGGUUUUCAACUGAAAAGUCUGCUUCUCUGGACAUAUUCAUGACAAUAGAGCAAUCAUUCAAUGUGGAUAUUGUAGCACAAUGUAUAACAUGUCUAUUUGUUUCUUUAUGGGAGGCAAAAAUUCCGCUCAAGAAUUACAUCAUUUGUACAUCAAUUUCGCUAAUACAAUAUGAAGGUGAAAAGGAAACGAUAGCAACGAAUUCGCAUGAUAAACCAAGCCAGUUGCCAGUUGUGAUAGACAGGUGCUACAUAGGCACAUCAAUUGACACGGGAACCUUAUCUUACAUUUACUGUACAAACCACUCAAAAAGAUUGAACCAAUUUAUCAAAAUGGGAAUUGAUGCUAGCAAAUCUUUGGGUUGUGAUAUAAAGAAAUUGAUUAAAUGGUGA